AGCUUUCCCGCAUCCCUUGUGUCAGGGGAGUGGGCGGUGGUCUCAUUGGUGAAGUCAUUCUCAGGGUGUGGGUUGUACAGGAUCACCGUGGGCCCUUGUUCGAGCUACCUACCUUGAACGUAUGCCCCUAUGGCAAGUCAAAGCUCGAGCUGGGUGGUGGGUGCUUCGACUCAGCUGUGAAGCCGGAUUGCUUAUAUACCUCCUCUUCUUCCCCUCAUUUUCUCAUGGAUCCUCAUUGCAUCACAGCUAUAAACACCUUGACAAUUACAAUCACAAGCCAUUUACGACUAGAAAUCAUCAAGUCACACAUAUAACAACACCAACCUUCAAUAUGGACUCAAGCAAGAACGUCGAUAUCCCCGUCUCUCCUACCGGCCGCAGACGUAGCUCCGGAACCCUCUUCCAAGGUCUCAUGGAUCAAAAGCGUCACGACGGCAACGCAGCCCGUAGACAAUCAAUGACAGACUCAAAGCCGGCGCCUGGAUUCAUUGGGCAAAUGUGGCACAACUGGACUCGUGGCCCUGCUAGCCCCCCGAAAUAGGAGUUUUGUGAUAAAGGCAUGGCGAUAAGGGAGUUUGUAAGAUUGAAUAGUUUUGGCGUUUGGGGACAGAUGAGAAGCCCUUUGAGGCACUCGCUUUUGUAAUGUUACGUGGCACAUAUCAACCUGCCACAGUUUGUCGUACAGAAUAUGGAAUACCAACCUCUUCUGCUUGGGCCUAAUUGCUUUGUAUGACGACCGUGACUUACACGCUACUUUCCCACGCGCACCCUUGGGAGACUUCAAACUUUGCGA